AAAAGUUGUGCAGACUGCAGAGUCUUAUGUAACGACGCCUGUAAACUCAAACAACCAGGGGCAGAUGGACUAACAACCUUGUAGGCUCUGACUGCGCAAUUCCCCUCCUCACAGCAGCUUCUCCUUAAGCACGGGCUCCAUCACUUCUUCAUCAUCAUCAUCCGGCGGGGACGGGUCAGGAGGAGACUACAUCCUGGUGCUCCACCGAGGGCUCCAAGCACAGAUACAUUUUUUUUUUUUAUAAUUGCAUAGUCAUGAUGGGAGAGGGGCCGGAGCCAGAGGCGUCUCUUUCCGGCGUUGUUUUAAAUGAUACUGUAAUGGAUGAUUUGGCGGACUAGACAGGUGAAACCGAGGUUUAAGAAAGAGAGAAAUCACUUCCUGAUUAACCCUACCGAUCAGAAGAAGAACUGCGCGGCUGGGUCAAGAGGAGGCUGGAGAGGAAAUACUGACACGUGGAUUACCCCUCCUCGGGCUUCAGAAAAAAACAAGAGCUCCAUACGGCAGCCCAGCUUCGUGAUCACAUCAGCCCUGUUCCCCAUGAGUCUACUCCUUGAAGUUAUGGAUUAAAAUUGUAGAAAACCCGUGAUUUGAUCGCGCUUUUACUUUCUGAGAAGGUCUUUUUUUUCUCUCUCUCCCCCCCCACCCCUCUGUGAUCGUACAGCCUUUACUUUUUCUGACGGAUCGACCGGAAAAAAAAAAAAAAAGCCGACGCGGUUGAGAGGAGGGCUGCUGCUGUUUCCUUGCGUUGAAUGGCAGUAAUUCAAAAAUAUGGCAAGAACUAUAGUCCAGAUUUGGUCUGUCACAAGGACAACCACCCGCCGGACAAGAUCGGAGACAAUGGGUGUCACAAGAAGUGGCCUGAACACAACACCAACUGGUCCAGGCCGGUGGCGAGGGUGUGGACGGUGGUGCUGCUGCUCGGGACAUGCCUCCUGUACUGCGCCCGUGUGGCGAUGCCCAUCUGCGCCGUCAGCAUGGCGGAGAAGUUCAGCUGGAGCAAGAGGGAGACCGGGAUGGUGCUGGGCAGCUUCUUCUGGGGCUACUGCUUCACCCAAGUGUUCGGAGGCUACGUCAGUGACAGGGUGGGAGGUGAGAAGGUGCUCCUGCUGUCUGCAGCGGCCUGGGGGUCGAUGACAGCCUUCACCCCGAUCCUGGCCCACUUCUGCUCUCAGCCAAUCCUCUCAAUGACGCUGGCUCGCUUCCUCAUGGGCCUGUUGCAGGGAGUUCAUUACCCCUCUCUGGCGAGUCUGUGCUCUCAGAAGGUGGUGGAGAGUGAGAGAGGCUUCCUAAUGAGCACUGUGGGAAGUGGCUCCUAUCUGGGCACUCUGGUGAUUGGAGGGGCUGGCUCUCUCAUGUUGGACCUGUAUGGCUGGGAGAGUGUUUUCUAUGUGUCUGGUCUGCUCUCCGUCCUGUGGGCGUACUGCAUGUGGAAAUAUCUGCUCAAAGGAGAAGGGCCUAUCAUCACCCUGGAGUCCCUGGGAAACAGUGGAACACAGUCCAAACUUACCAGGAGACAUUGGUUACGGCUCCUAAAACAACCUGCAGUCUGUGCUGUGAUUGUAACGCACCUUUGCACAGCGAGCACUUUUUUCACUCUUCUGUCGUGGCUGCCGACCUUCUUCAAAGACACUUUCCCUGAAGCCAAGGGUUGGGUGUUCAAUGUCAUUCCCUGGUUGAUCGCCAUCCCCUCGUCCCUCUUCAGCGGCUGCUUGUCUGACCACCUGAUCAGUCAGGGCUAUGAUACAGCCUCUGUGAGGAAGUUGAUGCAGUUUUUCUCCAUGGGUGUGUCCAGUAUAUUUACCCUUCUUCUGUGUGGCACCACCACCUUUCCUUGGGCUGUAGCAUUUGUGUCAGCCACCAUGGGUCUCACCACCUUCAGUCACAGCGGUGUAUCAGUUAAUGUACAAGAUCUUGCUCCUUCCUGUGCUGGAGCUCUAUUUGGUGUUAUGAAUACCUGCGGUGCUUUCUCAGGGGUCCUGAUGGUGUAUUUCUCUGGGUAUCUCAUUGAGGCGACAGGCUCAUGGGCGACUGUGUUCGCCCUCAUCACCACAGUGAACCUGCUGGGUCUCUGCACCUUCCUGGCCUUCGCUGAGGCCCGACGGGUCGACAUUGACUCCGGUAAGGUUCGCCACCACAACAUUCACAUCUAAAGCAUCUGUCAUCAGAGGGACUACGAUGCUAUUCCCAAGAGAUUUCGGGCAACCAGCGGCUCAGAGGACAUUGGAGAAGUACACAAUGGAUAAGGUGGCACACGGUGAAAUCCUGGGUGUAACAUCUGGAAAACUCUUACUGGCUCUUUGUCUGGAUGAGAACUUCCUGCAAUAGUCACUUCAAAGCACACAACAGAGCUUGCACAAUGUUACUGAAAAAUCCUCUGAAGCUAGGGCGCUGAAUCCUAGAACAACACAGCUGUGUUUGAGAAUGUUCCCGAAAGUUCAGGGUGAAUCGGAAAAAAGGUUACAAGAAGAAAAAAAAAAAAGCACUGACACUACCUCCAGGUCCCAGCUUGUGCAGCACGUGGAUGGUAAACAGUCCCUUGUUUACCUUUUGUCUUUUGCUCCAGAAUGUGUUACUGACAGUCAGAAAAGUCAUGGAAAUCGUAAUCUAGUGUGUUGUCUGUAUGGGUGUGUGUUGAUGGAGCUUUGCGAGUGAUGGAUGUGUUAGUCUGAGAGCUGUGACAGACCAAGGUGGUGUGUUCUCACCCUGAAGAGAUGGUGGGGGGUUGGGGGUGGGGGGGAGGCAGCGUGGCCACACGUGGGUGAUGCAAGGAGAGUCCAGCCUUUGUUAUGUGAAGUCUUUUAUUAGUACGCCCCACUCAGCCAUCACUGAGAGCACUGUCUGAAUGACAGCUCAUUACCCAGCUGCUAAUUACUCCGCGGGCGCUCUAAUGUCCUGUACCAUUUACCUUCUACAGUCCCCAUCGCCAUGGUUACAAGCUGUUAAUAUUGUUUUAGUUCAAAGGAGGCGAGAACGAUCUACAAGACUUUUACUGAGUGCGCUUGUACCCGCUUGUCAUCAUGAAUAAUGUAUUUCAAAUAGGAAGACCAAAGGUUGUAAAAUAUUUCUAUUUUAUUUCAGCGUGAUUGCAUGUAAUAUAAAAUACCUCACUCAAUUAUCUUGAGUACUUAUAUAUUUAUUUGGCUUAUUUUUUUGUCAAUUCCAUUUUUUAUUUUAAGAAAGAAAUGUAUUCAAUGAGGCUACAGAAGAAAUAAAUAUAUUAGAAAAGAUGGCAGAAAAUCAAAGUUAUUUAUUAAAAUGAUGAUGCAGUAUAAAUAAUCCUUUCUCUUUAACUUAUUCUUCCUUUCUGUUCUGCCGUCCGAGAAGCCUGGUUUAGCGAGAGAUAAAUUGGUUCUUAUUAUUUUUCUUCCAACUUGUUCUGCUCAAAGAUCCACUCUUGUUAUGGCACUUGAUGUCCUUGUUACCGUGGCGCUAGACUGGAAGUGUUGUAAGUGUCUGUAAAGGAGAUAGUGAGCACAGGAAUCCUUUUUCUUUGUGCUUCCAGAUUUAGUGUCUGUCUUGUGACAAUUUUACAUCUCGGACUCUUCCUGACUUUGUGAAAGUUGUGUAAAUGAUAUCAAGGGUUCAGGACCAGAGAUUAACUGGAGAACAUAUUUAGUGUUGAUGUAACAGCAAAGUAAGUAGCAACAUAAAGCUAGCUGCAUAGCUUCAACUGAGUGUUCAGGUGGGUUUUUUUUUUAUUUUUAGAAUUGAGCUUUGGUCGACUCUUCACAGCACAAUU